AUGCCCGAGCCCUCCCGCUCGGCCCCCGCGCCCAAGAAGGGCUCCAAGAAGGCGGUGACCAAGGCGCAGAAGAAAGACGGCCGCAAGCGCAGGCGCGGCCGCAAGGAGAGCUACUCCAUCUACGUGUACAAGGUGCUCAAGCAGGUGCACCCCGACACCGGCAUCUCGUCCAAGGCCAUGGGCAUCAUGAACUCCUUCGUCAACGACAUCUUCGAGCGCAUCGCCAGCGAGGCGUCGCGCCUGGCGCACUACAACAAGCGCUCGACCAUCACGUCGCGCGAGGUGCAGACGGCCGUGCGCCUGCUGCUGCCCGGCGAGCUGGCCAAGCACGCCGUGUCCGAGGGCACCAAGGCCGUCACCAAGUACACCAGCUCCAAGUGA